AUGGAAAAGGGGGAUUUUUCUGAGAUGCUGUCAAGGAUGAAGGUUUUGGUUGAUGAGGUUGUUAAUAAGAAAUCUGAAAUUGAGGUAGAGGCUUUUUCUGAGUUUGGAAACUUGGUUGAGAAAUUGCUACCAAUCUUGAAUGAAUUGAGUGAUAAAAGUAUUGUCUUGGACAAGCUUUCGAUACGAAAAUCGUUGGAAUCUCUCGAGAAUGAGUUACGUCGUGCUAGAAUUUUAACGAAAAGCUUGAAUUUGAGACAUCCGGUUAAGCAAAUUGAGGAUAUGACGCAUGAUAUCGGCCGGUCGUUAGGAGUUUUGCUUGUUGCGAGUCUUGAAGUGUCUAUUGAUUUUAGAGAACAGAUUGGUGUAUUGCAAAGACAGAUGAUGAAUGCAAGAUUUGAUGGUGUUUCGAGUAUGACUUCGAGUCCAAAAUCGGAAAUUUUCGCGAAUGAAACAAAGACGAUUGGGGAAAUAGAAGAGGAAAUAAUUGAUGUGUCUAUUGGUGAUGUGAUUUUGCAACUUAAGAAUGGCAAUGAUGAAGAAUUUGCGGUUUCACUUCUGAGACUAAAGGAGUUCAUGAGAAGUGAGAAAUUGGACGGCGGGUUGAUUAACGAGGAAGCAACUAUUUCCAUUCUUUUCAAUCGUCUAAGUUCGUGUAAGGCGGAUAAUAGGCUAUCCAUAAUUCAAUUGCUAAGACGUAUUGCUUUCGGAAAUGAUGAGAAAAAGGAGAAGAUGGUCGAGGUUGAGUUUUUAUCGACAGUGGUGAAGUCUCUUACGAGGGAUUCAGAAGAGAGGAGGGAAGCAGUGGGAUUGUUGCUAGACCUCUCUAACGUUCAAGCCGUUCGAAGACGGAUUGGAAGAAUUCAAGGGUGUAUCGUUAUGUUGGUUGCCAUUCUUAACGGCGAUGACUCAGUUGCUUCACACGAUGCCGGAAAGUUGUUGGAUAUUUUGUCCAGUAAUAAUCAAAAUGCACUUCAUAUGGCUGAGGCCGGUUACUUUAGGCCGCUAGUUCAGUAUUUGAAGGAAGGCUCCGACAUGAACAAGAUCCUAAUGGCAACAGCACUUUCUAGGUUGGAACUUACCGAUCACAGCAAACUUACCCUCGGAGAAGACGGAGCAAUCGAGCCACUUGUCAAAAUGUUCGUCACUGGGAAACUUGAAUCCAAGUUAUCAUCUCUAAACGCGCUACAAAAUCUAUCUAGCUUAAACGAAAACGUGCAACGUUUAAUUCAAUCAGGAAUUACGGGAUCUUUACUACAACUUCUUUUCUCGGUAACAUCUGUGCUCAUGACUCUAAGAGAGCCAGCAUCAGCCAUUCUUGCAAGAAUUGCUCAGUCAGAAUCCAUUCUCGUCAACGAAGAUGUUGCUCAACAGAUGCUUUCGCUUUUGAAUCUUUCGAGCCCGAUAAUUCAAAGUCAUCUAUUAGAAGCUCUAAAUAGUAUGUCUUCUCAUCUCGGUGCAUCCAAAGUGAGACGGAAAAUGAAAGAAAAAGAGAGUGAAAAAGCGGCUGCGGUUGGCAUUCUGAGUAAUCUUCCUGCUAGCGAUAAAAAAGUAACCGAUAUUCUAAAGAGGGCAAAUUUGCUACCGAUUUUGAUAUCAAUUUUGUAUUCAAACAAUGCAAGUAAAUCACCCUCAACAAAUAGCUUAAUCGAGAGUGCUUCCGGUGUUAUAAACCGCUUCACGAAUUCAUCCGACAAGAAACUACAACUCGUGUCAGUACAACACGGGAUAAUUCCUUUGCUCGUAAAAUUACUCUCAACAGGUUCACCGAUCACAAAAUCAAGGGCUGCAAACUCCUUAACUCAACUAUCACAAAACUCUCUUUCUCUCAGGAAAUCUAGAAAAUCAAGAUGGUUAUGUGUUCAGCCUUCAGCAAAUGCAUAUUGUGAAGUUCAUGAUGGAUAUUGCUUUGUCAAUAGCACAUUUUGUUUGGUAAAAGCGGGCGCGGUUUCUCGACUUAUCGAAAUAUUGGAAGAUAAAGAGAAGGAAGUAGUUGAAGCUUCUCUUGUUGCACUUUCAACUCUUUUGCAAGAUGAAAUAUGGGAAAAUGGUGUAAAUUCCAUUGCCAAAUUAUCAGGUGUGCAAGCUAUAAUAAAAAGUUUAGAAGUUGGUGAUGCAAAGGUUCAAGAAAAAGCAUUAUGGAUGUUGGAGAGAAUAUUUAAGAUUGAAGAACAUAGAGUGAAAUAUGGAGAAUCUGCUCAAGUGGUGCUUAUUGAUUUGGCACAAAAAAGUGAUUCUAGAAUGAAGUCCACAGUUGCAAAAGUAUUAGCUGAGCUAGAACUCUUGCAAGAUCAAUCAAGUUACUUUUGA